UGCAAAUGCUAAGUCGAAAGCAAAGCAGCUAGAGAAAUGGGAAAUUGUGUGUCUAUGUGUAUGUGUGAUGGGGAGGAGUGGCGAUAGGAGGUGGGAGGACACAGCCCAGGAUGUGUAUAGCAGGGAGUAGGUGAGGGAGAAGGAGGAGGGGACGGAGAUGGGAGCCUAAAACUGACUCCAGCGUGGUCCUGUUGUCAGAUCUGUGUUUUCUUCUUGUCAAUCUGCUCGGAUUGGGGAGACGUGUCUGGGUUCUCAAGCAGUCAGUGCGCAGGCGCAGGCCAGUCGGCGCCCCAGAGAAAUGCUCUUGAACGUAGGAAGGAAGGGGAUCACCCUGUCUCCCUGCUUCCCUCUCCCUUGCUCUUUUCCUCUCCUCUCCUCCUCCUCCUCUUCCUCUCCCCGCUUCUUCCUCCGCCUCGCUCCUCCCGCUGUUCGUUUGCCAGUCCUCGCCCUCUUUGCCUUCCUGACGCUCAGACUUUAGCCCUGCCACCGUUAGCGCGCUGCCCGCUACUCGGAAUGCUCUCGGACGCGCUCCUCGUCCUCCGCAAGGAUAGGAUAGGAUAGGAGAGGCGAAGAUAGGGGGCAGGCUAAGGCUAGCUCCGCCUGAGCUACCCCAUCUCUUCCCUCUGCAUGACUUUUUUUCAGUCUGGCUUUUUUCGAUUCCGGCUCUUUGGAUGGUGUUGGGGAUCACCGGGAGUGUAUUAUCCUUUGAGUGCUGGGGAGGCAGGGGUGACUCUGUAGCCCUGGUGCUUGGCUUUUGGAGAGGCGGCGGCGGCGGCGGCGGCGGCAGUGGCAGCUUUGGCAGAGGCUCCUAGCUCGGCUGCGCCCUUGGAGCCCCUCUAUGAGCUGGAGAGGAGCGGGGGAGGAGGGGCCCUCGGAGCAUCUCUUCCCUGGGGUUUAUGCAUGGCACUGACAUGGAGGAAACACCGUUUCGGAAAGUCAAAACGAAGAGGAGGAAGUGUCCGCCCUGCGGCUGCGCCCCCUCGGGGGGCUCCCCGGUGCUUCUGGAGGCCAUCGCGUGCGAGGACGAGUUCGACUGCAAGGAGCUCGAGUCCCUUUUCCGGAAUUACAACCUGAAACUGGAACAGACCUCCACGCUCAAGGCGCUGGCUGUGCUCAUUGUCCUGACGGGCACCCUGGCCCUGGGGGAGCUCAUGUCCGGACCCAGCCUGACCAUCUCCAAGGGUUCGCACCCCGUGCAUUGCAUCAUCUUCCUCUCCCUCUUCAUCGUUACCAAUGUCAAGUACUUACAGGUCACCCAGCUCCAGCAAAUCGUCAAACUCAUACUGCUCUUCAGUUUCACCUUCGCCUUUCUCUGCUGCCCCUUUUCGCUGGGGGCCUACGGCAUCGAGCCCCCCACGUCCCCAGAAGAGGGAAUGUGGCAACUCAUGCUAGUCACCUUCGUUUCCUACUCCUUGCUGCCAGUGCGGAGUCUUCUGGCCAUCAUCUUUGGGAUAGUGGUGUCCGUCUCCCACCUCAUCGUCACUGCCACUUCAGUGACUGCCAAGAGACACAGACUCUGGAGGACGCUUGGGGCAAAUGCUCUGCUUUUUGUCAGUGUAAAUUUGUAUGGGGUCUUUGUGAGGAUUUUGACAGAAAGGGCUCAGAGGAAGGCUUUCCUACAGGCCAGGAACUGCAUAGAGGACAGGCUGAGGCUGGAAGAUGAAAAUGAAAAACAGGAACGACUCCUGAUGAGUCUUUUGCCCAGAAAUGUUGCCAUGGAAAUGAAGGAAGAUUUUCUGAAGCCACCUGAGAGAAUUUUUCACAAGAUUUACAUUCAAAGGCAUGACAAUGUCAGCAUUUUGUUUGCAGAUAUUGUGGGUUUCACUAGUUUGGCAUCCCAGUGCACAGCUCAAGAGCUGGUGAAGCUUCUGAAUGAACUCUUUGGGAAGUUUGAUGAAUUGGCCACAGAAAACCACUGCAGACGAAUUAAAAUCCUGGGGGAUUGCUACUAUUGUGUGUCAGGACUGACCCAACCCAAAACCGACCAUGCCCAUUGCUGUGUCGAAAUGGGGCUGGACAUGAUUGACACCAUCACGUCUGUUGCAGAAGCCACUGAAGUUGACCUGAACAUGAGAGUGGGCCUGCAUACAGGCCGUGUCCUAUGUGGGGUGCUAGGACUUCGAAAGUGGCAAUAUGAUGUCUGGUCAAAUGAUGUGACUCUAGCAAAUGUAAUGGAGACUGGAGGAUUACCUGGGAAGGUUCAUAUCACAAAGACGACCUUAGAGUGCCUAAAUGGGGACUAUGAGGUAGAACCAGGUUUUGGACAUGAGAGGAACAGUUUCUUGAAAAAACACAAUAUUGAAACCUUUUUUAUUGUACCAUCCCAUCGGAGAAAGAUAUUUCCUGGACUUAUUCUCUCAGAUAUAAAGCCAGCUAAAAGGAUGAAGUUCAAAACAGUUUGUUACUUGUUGGUCCAGCUAAUGCACUGUCGGAAGAUGUUUAAAGCAGAAAUUCCUUUCUCCAAUGUCAUGACCUGUGAGGAUGAUGACAAGAGAAGGGCUUUAAGGACAGCAUCUGAAAAACUCAGGAAUCGAUCCUCUUUUUCUACAAACGUUGUAUAUACCACUCCAGGAACGCGAGUAAACAGAUAUAUCAGCCGUUUGAUAGAAGCCAGGCAAACAGAGUCUGAGAUGGCAGAUUUGAAUUUCUUUACCCUACAGUACAAACAUAAAGAACGGGAAGAAAAAUAUCACCAGCUUCAAGAUGAGUAUUUCACCAGUGCUGUGGUCCUUUCACUGGUUCUAGCUGCCUUAUUUGGCCUUGUCUACCUUCUAAUAAUCCCACAGAGUAUCAUCGUCCUGGUUCUCCUGGUGUUCUGCAUAUGCUUCCUGGUGGCUUGUAUUAUGUAUCUACAUGUCACACGAGUACAGUGUUUUCCAGGGUGCCUGACAAUUCAAAUUCGUACUGUUUUAUGUGUUUUCAUCGUAAUUUUAAUUUACUCUGUGGCUCAAGGAUGUGUGGUGGGCUGCAUGCCUUGGUCAUGGAACACUAAUUCCAGCAGCUCCUUAGUGAUCAUUUCUUCUGGAGGAAUGAAUAAGACAAGGAAUGUGCUGCCCUGUGACACAGCCCAUCACGCAUUCCUUUCCUGCAUUGUGGGGACUUUGACUCUGGCAAUAUUUCUCCGUGUCUCUUCAUUGCCAAAAAUGAUCCUUCUCUUUUUAGUUACAGUCUUAUAUAUACUUGUUUUGGAGCUCAGUGGAUAUAGAAAAGCAGUAGGGGGUGGAGCCUUUUACCUCCGUGGAUAUGAACCCAUAUUGGCUAUUUUGCUGUUUUCCUGUGCGCUGGCCCUUCAUGCCAGGCAGGUGGACUUGAAGUUACGUCUGGACUACCUCUGGGCUGUGCAGGCAGAAGAGGAGCGAGAUGACAUGGAGAGAGUGAAACUAGACAAUAAACGGAUUCUCUUCAACCUUUUGCCAGCCCAUGUUGCACAGCACUUUCUUAUGUCUAAUCCCAGGAACAUGGACCUUUAUUAUCAGUCCUAUUCACAAGUGGGUGUGAUGUUUGCUUCCAUCCCAAAUUUCAACGAUUUCUACAUCGAACUGGAUGGCAAUAACAUGGGAGUGGAAUGUUUGCGUCUCUUAAAUGAAAUCAUUGCUGAUUUUGAUGAGCUCAUGGACAAAGAAUUUUACAAGGACCUAGAAAAGAUCAAGACAAUUGGAAGUACAUAUAUGGCAGCAGUGGGACUAGUGCCAACCACAGGAACCAAGGCCAAGAAGUCAAUUUAUUCACAUCUGAGCACGCUAGCUGAUUUUGCAAUAGAGAUGUUCAAUGUCCUUGAUGAAAUCAAUUAUCAAUCUUACAACGACUUUGUGCUCCGUGUUGGAAUUAAUGUAGGUCCUGUAGUGGCAGGUGUUAUUGGUGCCAGAAGACCUCAAUAUGAUAUCUGGGGAAAUACUGUUAAUGUUGCCAGUCGAAUGGAUAGUACUGGAGUGCAGGGAAAAAUUCAGGUCACAGAAGAAGUCCACCGGUUACUAAAGCGAUGUAGCUAUGAAUUUACAUGUCGAGGGAAAGUCAGUGUCAAGGGAAAAGGUGAAAUGUUGACCUAUUUUCUGGAAGGAAAAGCAAAUGGAAGUAAUUCUCAAACCAGAUCCUUAAACUUAGAACGGAAAAUGUAUCCAUGUGGGAAAUCAAACAUUCAGACAAAACUGGGAACCAGCUGCCCUUCUGUCUCAUCUGUGGCUAACUUUACAGUCAAAGCUGGGAUUGGAGCCCUGCAGACAGCAGGCACCCAUACCAAUCCAACGCUUCAUUACCUUCCUUCUGUGCCAGCUGUGAAAGAAGCCUAGACGAGUACCAUUGGAAGUGAACUCAGACGGCAUGAAACUUGUCAAGGAGAUCUACGGUCAUAGGUUGUGGCAUCAACCAUGGAUCCAAUCUAACACAACCAAAGAAAGCCGGGAAGCUCCAUAGAAGAAAACUUGGAAUGGAAGCAAUAAGGGCUAACAAUUGUGUUAGGACAAGAAAAAUGCAGAUUUUCUGAAAAUAAGGAAAAUUUUCUUGGAUUUUUAAAAAAGGUAAAUGGUAUCCUGAAGAGAUGUGUGUAAAUGAUAAUGUAUGUGUGUAUAUAUCCUAACUCUAUAUAAACACAUAUACACUCACACUCCUAUAUUUAGGCAUAAAAUUUAUAUAGAUAUAUGCAUUUAUUUAAACCUUAUUUGCAGUGACAUAAGGGAGCUGUCGCAUCUUUAUAUCCACUUAUUGUUUGGUCUGAGUUGGGUCUAAAAUUUUGAUGAGGGAUACAGGAUUUUAGAAACAUAUUCUGAGGUUAUAGCAAGAACAAUGAAAGUUUUGCUCAGAGUUUGAAUUAAUAAACAAACCUAAAAAAGGCAGCAGCUUUAUCCAAGAUUGGACUAAGCCAAUUCCAAAACAGCUGCAUCUGCUCACUCUAACUUGCCUCCUCCAACCCUGGAAAACAUCCAAUCAGCAUCACAUUUAGUACAAUGAGUCAAAAUUAGGUUACAAAAAAGUCUGGACUCAGGACCUUGAUGGAUUACUGACAAAUACUUGAACCAUCUCUAAGCAUCUUUGCCCAGAUGUUGCCCCAUGAUCAAUCACAGGGUGCAGCUAAAGCCAGAAGUUCCAUGCUUCAGGUGCAACAAUCAGCCAAUAAUAUUUAGAAGCCCCCUUUCCUUCUGCAUGAAUACUUGUAGCCAUUGGAUUUCUUCCAAAGGAACUCCUUUGCUAAGGAUUAGAGAUUGAGGGGCUUCAUACUGAAUCAUCACCUUCUGUAAAUGUCAGUAGUAGUACUUCUAUGCUUGGCCAAUAUUUUUUUUUACUUUGAUGACUUUUUGCUUCUUGUAAAAUCCUCCAAACUCACUUUUUAAAUGUCGAGUGUUAUUGUUCAAAGUAAAUAAGGAGACAAAUCUCAUUUUUCAUCUUUUUCAUGUAUGUUUUUUAAUUUCCUAUGAGUUGAACAAUAUGCUACUUUGUUUUGAUUUAGAGAAAAACAAAUACACAACAUUUGGGAAGUUUAUGUUAUCAGAUAUUUUGUUUGUCUGGAAGUCCUAAUUUUUCUGAACAGACAAUUUUAGAUUAACAAAAUUAUUUUAAUACCAGAAAAGAGCACUCUUGUCCCAAAGUUAUAGAAAUCUAGAUUAAAGAAGUGAUGAUAGUUUCUGUGAACUUGAUAUAUCCAUCAUUAUAGUGUUAUAGCAUUAAUUAAAGGUCAGAGGUUAUUCAGGACAUAAAAUAGCGAGGGAGGAUACAACUGUGAGUAAUAAAGCAAGUUUAAAAAGAACAGAUUGAAGCCUAUGAGUGUCUAAUCCUAGGGGCGCAUCUGGAUAAUAUGAAAGGUCUAAAGAGCUAAACAAGGUCUAGAGUUGUGGUCAGAGAGUCUUUAGGAGAAGUGCUUGCAAAUAAGGUUGGAGCAUCCUUAGUUCCAAAGACAUUAGUAAUAGCUAGAAAGAGGUCAGAGGAUUACAGUUGAAUCCUACCACUUAUUGAAUCCAAAAUUCUGGCAAUCCUCAUAGCAAAUUCUCUUCCACUGAAGGGUAUAUAUAGCUGUUGGGAUUCUAUGUUUUUAGAAAAGGAACAGUGGAAGGCCCAGAUUUUUACAUGCUUAGUAUUCAUAUUCUGUGAGUUCUUAAGAUGAGUCUUUCUGCUUAUAGCUCUCCCAGUUUAUUGCAGUUAGAGGCUGAAUUGUAUUUAUUUGGAACUAAAGAUAGCUCUGACACUUCUGCUGACUCCAUGUUAGGAGCAAAGUGGGACAGGAAUGGUCUUCCUAGUGACCAGGUUGUUAUGAUUAAGAAUGAGGAGGGAAAUUAACUUGGAAUUUUGGGGGAGAAUUCAGAAAUACAAAUGAAGGCAACAGGGAUAUUAUGAAAAAGGAUAUGUGAUAGAGCAACAUAUGAUAAAAUUUUGUGAAGAUAAAAUCAACCAUGGAAGCAUGAAAUCAAAAGGAAACAUGGAAAAUGGGAUUCCCUUCAUGUGCCAAAAGUCUGGCUGGUCCAUAUAAGCCUACUUGGAUUUCUUGAGUUUCCCCAUUAGGCUGAUAUAAAUCAAGUAAAUGAGAUUACCUCAAUUGGCAAUGCUAACAACCAAUGAAGGUACAAGGUGAAAUUUAUACAAAGGGUGAAGUGGAGACCACCACUGGUUCAGAAGGAACUGAGAAAGGUCAAGAUAAGGGAAGAAUUUAUUAUAUGAAAGUUCUAUGAGAGAUAUUCUAAAGGAGAUUCAACACUUUGCUGGCACUACUAAGAAAUACUUGAAGUACUCCAGGGAGUGCCUGAUUAAGCAUUUAAUUUCCCCUUUAUCUCUGUCCCUUCAUCUCUGGCAUUGGUUCUCAAAAGUAUCAUCUGAAGACAUGACACCUAAAUGUCCCUAAUACCUUUUCAGGGAGUCUAUAAUGUCAUAACUAUUUUUGUAAUAGUACUAAAAUAUUCUCGUUUCUGAUAUGGCAAGUAUUGAUAAAUUUAUAAACAAAAGCUCAUGGAAAGUCCUCAAUAAUUUUAAAAUGGAUCUUGAGAUCAAAAAGUUUGAGUACCACUGACCUAGGGAUGGGGUGAUAGGACCUUAGGCAAGUCACAACCUCCUUAAUCCUCUGUUUCUUCAUCUGUAAAAUGAUAAAGUUGAAAAAAAAGAUCUUUGAGUUCCCUUAAAUGUUCAAGAUCUAUGACCCAAUGAUUUUAUAACUUUCUGAAAGCAAACAAAUUAAAAGUCUUUCUGGUGCAAAGAAAAUAAAGGGAGAUGCUAGGCAAAUUUCAAAUAUGAUCUAAUAAUAUCACAAUCCAGGAGAUCCUAGAUUGGUGCUAUGAAAGAUGAAAAGUGGGCCAUAGCGAUACCCGCACCCACUACCAGAAUCAGUGUGACAAAAAGGGUUGCAGAAAUCAAAAUGAAUCUCACAGAAUGUUCAAGGCAUUGGUAUCUUAGAAAUGAUCUGAUUCAGCUCCAUUUUUCAAAAGAAUGAGGCAGGGAGAGAUGGGUCACUUGCCUAAGGUCAUACAGCCAGGAAGUGGAAGUUAACUUUUAAAUUCCAUUUUUUAUCCAAACUCUUUCAUGAUACUUUAGUUUCGUAAAAAUUAUAUCCAGUUAGAGGACCACCAGGUGAGGUGGAAAGUUCCUAAAAAGAUCUUGUGUCCACUACUAAAACUCUUCUUUGGAGCCAAAGUAAUAAAGCUAGAUAGCAUGGAAUUACAAGGUCAUAAGAACACAUACCUUCCAUUAUAUAACUGUAACUCUGUUUGGAAAUAAAGCUCCCACCCAGAGGUCCCUCAGACUCUGAGGAAUAUUUGGGUUCUAUAGCAGAAUUUGAUAUGUUUGUAUAUAAAGAGGGGCAUCUUAAGUGACACCUAGAAAAUUGUCUGAGAUCAGGAAGCAUGUGGGUAGUGUGUCAUCUAUAAGGAGACUUUCCAUCCUCAGCCAUCACCAGCUAAGCUGUUAAAACAUCACUCAUCAUUCUUGAGCACCUGGGUAAUGAAUAGACCACUAGGAAGUUAAAUUGUAUAAAAUAAUAUGAUCAAGAAUGGGGAAGGGAAAGUGCAUGGGACAGAAAGAAAAAGAGAAACAACAUUUUUUACCAUGAAUUUUCCUGUUGAUUGCCCAUGAUAAUUUAGACUAUAUGCUGUAUGGUCUGCGUUCUUAAAAGCAAAUUUUAGCUGGCUUGUCUCAGAUGGAUAGUUCUACUAUUUAGGGGCCAAUUAGUAGAUGAGUGAAUAUGCUUAAACAAUCAAUUCUGGGUCAUUUCUUAAGAUAGUUUCACCUUUAUUGUUCCAUUUGGUUGUUCUGACUUUGGGAGUUGGGGAAAGUACAGUGUGAAGUUGGGAUGAAAUAGGAGUAGUACAUACCAAAUUGUAGGUUCCUUGAGGGCAUGAACUCUAUCAUAUUCAUCUUUUUAUUCCCUACAGUGCCUAGCACAGUGCCUUGCAUAUUGUAGGUGCUCAGUAAAUGGCUAUUGAAUAUAUGGAUUCACCACAGAGUUAAGCAAAAAAGUUCAGUUACAGUUUCUUAAAAAUGAAGGUCUUCAAUAGAACCACAGGAUGCUCCACAAUUCAGAAAAAUAAAUAAAAAACUCUUAGAAUACUGGUUGAACUUGACAAACCUGAGUCAUUGGUACAAGCUUUCUGUGAAAGUACUUGGUCCUUAUCCUUAAAGAUAAGUACCACCAGAAUUUGUUCAUAUGGGAAAUUAGAUGAAGAAAAGAAACAUUUGUGAAUUCCUAUAGGUUAUUUGGGAAUUACUAAAACAAACAAAAAUAAUCAAAGGCAAAAGAAAUUUGAUCUAAAGUUCAAGAGAAUGGGUAACAAAUAGUGACAUAUUUGUACCAAAGAAUUGUCUGGUCAAGUGUAUGUAAGGGAUUUCCAGUAAGGUCCAGGGAAUUGGCCCAAGAGAUGUCAAAAGAAGGAUUUAUUAAUAUCAGGGCAGGAGUUGUGGUAGGACUAGACUAAUUAGAAAGAGCCAGAAUUGGAAUCCAGCUAAACAGGAGGGGUUUUGCAAAGACCACAAAGUUGCAUUUGGAACCAAAUGCUUUUAUUUUUGUCAUUAGUAACUUUUGCUUGGGUUAAUUUAGUUGAAAAUGUAGAGUUAAUAUUUAUUUCCUUUCACAUGAUGUAUCCCUCUUUAGACAAGAAUAGUUCCUUAUAUUAAGUUUUUUUUUCCAUUUCAUUGUUAAAUUGGUUUCAAUAAGAUAACUUCAAAAUGGUAACUCUUUUCACCCAUACAUUCUUUUUUUUUCAUUCUUUCUACCUUUAACUCAUGUAAACUGUAUCUAUGAAGAGGACAUAAUUAUAAUGAACAGUCUGAUUUGGUUCACAAAUGCACAAAUUCAUAUUGAUAUUAGGGAAAUAAAUCUUUUACUGUCAUAUUUCUAUGAACAAUGAGGAUGUAUAUUUUUAAUUAUGUAAAUUUUAUAAUCAGGGGUAGGAAAAAUCCUAAGGUAUUAAGAUGCUUUCUGAAAUAUGACUUCUGUCCCUUUUGUGUCCCAGUGGAAAAUUCCCACCCUGCUGGCCUCUUGGGUUGUACAGGGUCACUCCCAUAUCUCUUAGGAUGGUCCCCAACCCAGUAAUGUGGAAGGCACAGGUGAACUAGGCAGCAGCUCCUAGGAAAUAAGGUCUUAAUAGUACAACCCUCCUGUAAGUGGGGCUUGGACCAAGGCCAUCCACAAGAACCAUCAAUGUCACCUUUUUCACCUCAGCUACUGACACCAGCAACAGAGCCCCGGGGCUGAAAUGUCUUUCACCUUUUUGUGGCACCUAAUUAUAUCAGUCCUCUGCUCUUCCUUUCCCCAACUCCUCCUUACCCCAUGCAUUGUACAUCAAAAUUAUGACAGCUCUUUGUAAUUCAAGCUCUGACAAUGGACUGGUUCAUCUUGCUAUAACCCCUGUCAAAUAGAAUAUUCUUUUCCUUAUAGUCAUGACAUUUAAAUCAUUUAGAGCAAAACAGGAAUAACCCCCCUCUAAGUUGAUCUGUAUUCUUGAAACCUAGACAACAUUCCAGUUUGAGGAAGUCCUCCCCUCUCCCUAAAUAGGUGCCAAUUCUGACAAGAUGUUUUUGUAGGAUUGUCUGUUGCAAGCACAAUGCUUCCCUCCAUUUGCAUGAUUUUUCCAUAAAUGAUAGUGAUGAUUAUCUUUAUGUCCGAAGAUAAGAAUAGAGCUCUUCAGACUCUUAUUUGUUCUUCUAUCCUUGUUGCAACUCCUCCUUCCUUAUAUUUGGCACUGUUUGCAAACCAUUCAUCUCUCAGCACUUUUUCCCACCAAGUUUUUAUAAUCUUGAAAUUGCAAAGUAAUAUUCAAUGAAGUUCUUGAAUAGUCCCAAGAGUUUUAUAUGCUAAUCAAAAAUGAACAGAAUACUUCAAAUAAACUGUAAAUAGUUCUUUGCAAAUGUCUCUCAUGAGCUUUGAAAUAGCAGCUAUUGUUUGGCUGAAUACAUACAUACAUACAUACCUCCCUUACUUUUUUUGUUUGCUUUUUACAUUUUAGCUCUUUCUAAAAUCUCAGAGAGCCUGUUCUAUGAUCACAUUGGAUGUGUGGUUUUUUUAAACAUUUUGCCAAUACAGAGACUAUGGUUGUGUCUUUAAAAACAACUAAUUCAAUCAUACUGAGAACAUGUAGCCUAUAAAUUCCAAAAAGGAGAAAGAGGGGUCGGAGCAAAGGAGGAGAGGGAAGAAGAGAGAAGGAGGGAAGGAUGGAGAAAGGAAAAUAGGGAGGGAAGAAGAAAGGAAAUAGUCACUGAUUCAAAUAAUCAAUUGGUGGUUUGUUCGAAUUUUUUGGUCGGAGAUAUGAUGUUGCAUAGUGUUGCAUAGAUGACCUCAGGCUCAGUAAGACCCAGGUUCAAAUUCUGCCUGUGGUAUCUACUGGCUAUGUGACCUGGAGAAAGUCACUUUAUAUCUCAGUGCUCUAGGUAACUCUCUAAGUUUGUACUUUAUAGAGCAGAUGCCAAUCUAAAUAGAGAGUCUCCUCACUAGGAGUUCUAUAUGCCACUGAAAUCAUAGUUCUGUUCUCCCUCCUCUCCACCCUUCCCCCAAAAGUUGGUCCAUUCAGGUGUAUGGUUGUAUGUAUGUGUGUGGGUGGGAGAGUGGUGAGUGUGUGGGUGUGGGUGGUUGUAUGCAUGUGUGUGUGGCCACAGACAAAAUGAGGAAUUUAUAUAAGAAAUGCUGUUGAGAGUAUAUUGACUCCAUUUUUGCUAAUGUUCCUUGGGUAUAACUUGGACAUUUUUUGGAAGCAAAAAAAAAGAGCUCUUCCAGUAAAUGACUGUUCUAGGGCACUCAAACAGUAGCUUGGUGACCCUAAAGAGUGAAUUUAGCCUUAACAGUGAAUGGGGGCAAAGAUGCCUCAUGGCAUCCUAGAAAAGAGCUCCAGAUGCGGCGGAAUCUGACUCAAUAGGCCAUUUAGCCUAGAAUGUUUGUAGACACAAAGGCCUCUUGACAUCACAUUGGUGGGUGCCAGAGACCACAAGCUCAAGGCUGUUGAGCAUAAACAAUAAGAUUCCAUCCCUGGGAAAGGGGGAUGUGUAUCAGUAAGUGAUUCACCUGAGUAUGUUCACUUUAACAAACAAUGAUUUCCUUUAACAUCAGCAAUUCCAAGCUCUGUAUGGGCCCUGUUGAAACAGGAGCACUAUUUAGCCAUAAUGUCCUUUGGAGUUUUGUAUUGCAGUGAUAAGCAACAUUUUUUAAUUUGUGAUAAACUUGUAUGAUAUUGCCUUAUUUAUUUUUAAUCUUGUACAGUGUUAAUGUACAAAUGCUGGCCUUUAAUGUAUUAUUCACUUUAAAGAGUUUAUUAUGAAAAAAUUUUGUAAAUAGUCUAGCAAUGAUAAGUAAUUGCAUGUCCACUUGUACCAAAAACACACACUCAUGACAUCACACACACACACACACACACUCAGCACACACACACACACUCAGCACACUUUUAAUGAAUGUUGAUGGUUUUUCUUUUAUAACAGAGGUUUUUACACCUGCAUGAUGAUGACUAGCUCUUUGGAAAUGGCCGUUCUUUGUGCUCCUCUCUGCAACCUCUUGCAUGCCACUUAUGCCUGAUGUCAGUGACAAAGCAAAACAAAACCCAGGAUGUCUCUAAAGUGCUUGAACAUAUCACUUUUGACACUGAGUGUCCCCAGUCUGUGCAUGUGCAUUCCACAGGAGCAAAUUUUGAUGAAAAUGCUAGCCCAGGAAAAAAACAAACAAACAAACAAUUAAAAGCUCCCCUGCUGCCAAUAAUUUUAUUGUUAGUUACAUCCAUUGUAUCUGUAGUGUGGGAGCCAUCUAUUCAGAUUUUACAACUUCAUUCAUUAGAAGCAAUAAAUUUAACUCUGUACACUGUAACAUAAAAUGAAUGGAAACACUAAACAUAUAAUAAGCAUUGCAAACAUUCUUUGGAUGCUAAGGACUCCAUUCGACAUUGGACAAGUAUCAGAGAAAGAAGUAAGACUGUUACCUAAGUACUAUUAUUUCAAGAGGGUAGUAUAAUUAUUGUCUCUAAAACAAAGACAGUUGCUGCAUUGUACUUGUAUACACAAACACGCACACUCGUUGGUUCCUAUGCAGAGACGAUUUCAGACCUUACCCAAGUAGAGCUCAUCUUAGACCAAUUGGCAUGGAUAGUGGAAGCCAGAAUUUGGAUCAAAGUUUUCAUUAGUUAUCCUAUUAUAAUUUCCAUUGAGAAGCUUGUGUUUGUAAGCUUCCAAAUUCUCUCAAAUUAACUUUCCAACUUGCUUCCCAUAGAGAACCACAUGAAAACAUGUUGGCAUUACUUCUUUUUCGCAAAAGCUUUGGUCUCUACUACUCCUCAUGGGCCUCAGAUUUUACAUUGUUUAUAAAAAUAUGAAAAAGUGUCAUUGUAUGCUUUAGCAGGAUAGGCUAUGACCAACUAUAACACAGAGUGGAGGUUGGAAUUUAAAAGAGUAAAAAUUCUCUAAUGUGAAUUCUCUAAUCUAAAUCUAAUCUAAAAAUUCUCUAAUCUCUCUAAAUUGAGAGAGAUUUCUUUCCUGACCAAAAUAGUUUGAGUUUAAUCUCUCAUGCAAAAUAUUGAUCAUUUGACACUGUAGUUCAUUUUUCUAUGAUUUAAAGUGUACCUAAUGGAGCAUAUACUCUGGAGUGCCUCUGUGGUUCAGGCUACACUCUGCCAAAAGCUUUAAUAAGUUCGGUAAAAGAAAUGCAGUCUUCCAAAUUUAAUCUACCUGUCGAAAAAUGUGUUAGAGACAUUGGUUGGCUAAACAAAAUAGCCUCCUUGUCUUUGGUCCCUUAGAACAGUUGAAUUUUAGAGCUAACAAACUCUGUAAAGACAGUUCAACCCCAUCAUUUUGCACAUGAUGAAACAGUCCCUGAGGGAUAAAAUGACUUGCUUGAGGUCAUGUAGCUAGUUUUAGAUGCAAUUCUUGUCUCUAAAAUCAAGAUACAUGCUCAGGGAAACUCCUGACUCUGUUCUGGGGCAUUGACAUAUUUAAAUAGUAGUGAUGAAAUUUCCUCAGAUGCCUAGAAAGACUGAAUGUAUCUUUCUAAACUCUUAAUAUAGGUAUGAAGGCAAGAUUGGGGAGGAAAACUAUUUUGGAUUGGGUCUUGCUUAAAUUGAACCUACUGCAAACUGUUGUCAUUGUUCACUACUCAGAAUUUUUUACUUUGGGAAGGAAAAAGAAUUUUAUCAGGAAAAUAAAUGAAACAUAUAUUGUAGGACUGCACUUAGAGAUUCUUUACUAAACUAAUCAUAAAGACUGAUCAUUCAAAAAGAAAAGAAAAGAACAUAAGGAUUGUCCCUCAAAGUAGGACUCACAGUAUAGUACAAUGAAAAGAAAUGAUGAGUUGUCAUUCCGAGGACCUAGGUUGAAACCCCAUUGCUGUGGCUGACCUAUAUGAUCAUAGGCCAAUAUCACUUCACUUCACUAGGACUAAGUUUUCUCAAUGGUAAAUUAGGUGGAACUAUUCUAGAUGGUUGCUAAAGUGACUUCUACCUCUAAUUUUUUGGAAUUCUGACAGGAUUAACUACACAAACUGAUUCAAAAACUAUAGAAAGAAAUCAAUAUGAUCAGUCAUAAUUCUUUUUUAAGCCCUGAAACUCUUGCUAAAAAUGGUAUUUUCCAGUUUGAUCAGCUCCCUAAUUAAUCAGAAUCAUCUUUGAUUGACUUUUGGAUCAUUCAUAAAACCCAGAUAUAUCCUCAAAGGAUAAAGAUUGGCAACUUUCAAGAGUGGAUCUGGGUUUUUCCAGAAGACUUUGAAAUCAAUGGCUUCCAAAAAAUGUUUACAAUGGUGACACAGUUAGAAUGAGUUAUUACCUCUCAGGAGGACUACUUUGAAGGGACAACACAUUUGUAUUCAUAAGAUCUAGUGAACUAUUUAAAAAACCAUAGUUGAUGUCUAUUUUAAAAAUAAUAUAUGUAUUUCAAAAUUUAUUAAUACAACACAAUAUGCUAAAAUGAAGUUACAUAAUGAGGUGGUUAAUUCAAGAUAUGGGUUGUUUUUUUUUUUUUGAGAAAAUGAAUCCCCUUCUUAAGGCACCUUGCUGCCUGCUAUGGUUUUAUUUUUGCUUGUAUGGUUCUAAGAGCAGUCAAAUGUUGCAAUGCUUUUGGGUCCUGUGUCACUGUUUGUGACCCCAACAGGUUUUUGGAAGGACAUGAUCAUUUCUGCCUAGGCCCCAAGAGAUUUUUUUUAAGACUUUGUAUCUUAGAACUACUUUUGGAGUCGGGAUAUAAUUAGGAUAGUCCAAAGAAAAUACCCCUUUAAGAAUGAACUAAUUGAUUCUAAGGUUAAGAGAUUAUGGAAGACAUCUCAGGGAUAUAGAUAGAUUCAGACCAGAUGUUGAGAAGUUCUAUAGAAUAUAUUGAAAUGAAUCCUGCAAAUUUACUCUACAUUUUUAGAGGAACAACAGAGCUAUCAAAGGGUCUAGAAAUUAGGUCUCUACAGCUGUUUGGUAUAUAUCAGAGUGAUCACAGCUAUUUGUAUCAUAUUGACAAAAAGCCAUCUAUCAAUUAUUAUAUUCUUUGUCAUUUCACACUAAUGCUCUUCUCCAGGCUCCUACUUCAAUAUUAUGUUUCCAGCAGGGUAUUUGGACUGGUCAGAGAUCAAGGGCAUUAGUAUAAGAGGGGAACAGUGAUGACAGAAGGAUUGAGUAGAAACUAAAGCACAAACUAAGGUUAGCUCUCUAGACUCCAAAGGAUAUAAAGCUGUCGAGGAUUGAAAAACUGCCUAAAGAGGGCAAGAAAAGAAGGAGGUAAUGAGAAAAGUAUGAGAGAUUAUGCAAAAACAACCCUAAACACUCCAUAUAAAUUAUAUUUAAAAAGUGAGAACAUCAAACCAUGAUUAUUGGCUUUGCUUCCCUUUCAACAAAAUUUCCAUAUCUAAUUGAUUUUUACUAUAUAGCAUCAUGACAUUCAAUUUCUUUUAAAAUCCCAGAUCUAAUAUAAAAAGCCCACUGCUAAUGAUAAGGAGGCUAUGCUGACUAGAAGAUAUUUCUGUAACAGUGGGGUGUGCCUCAUUUCUACUCCUUCACCUCACUGGCUAUUAACAAGAACUAUUCCCAAACACAAUCUCUCUUACUGAAGUGUGUGGGAAGUGAAUUUUUCCCAGAUGUGUUCAUUAGAAAAUAGCUAGAAUAAGAAUAAUCAAGCAAACAAUGGAAAUGAUUUUUAAAUCAUAAGAGAAACCUCUUUCCUCGCUUUUAGAGAAGCACUGUCACAUUUUGCGUUGGUCUGAUCUCAUCUGGCAUACUGUGAUGAAAACAGCAGACCCUGAUCUUCAGGUUUGGGCUAUCUCAUGGAUAUUAUACUUUAAAGUGUUUCAAAUGGAACAACCCAUGCCUUUCAAAACUUCAAGUGUUUCUUGUUGUUUCAUGUUUCUUAUAGACCUUGUAUACUGGCUGUAUAUAUACAUUGUCCUUCUUAGGGAAAGAUUUGUAGUAAAGGUGCUAUCAGCAUUGUUUUUUGAAUUUCACAAAUUUACACAUCUUCUGACUAUGCAAAGUUAUAUUACCCAGCACUUAAGUUGAACUUUCAUGAUGCUGAAAAUGAUUAUUACUGAGUUUUUGUGCUCUGAAUCUACGAAUGAUCUGAUAACUAUAUCAUGGAAAGCAUUUCUCUGAUGAUUAGGGUGAUAGGCAAUGAUAGCUAUUUGAAAAGUGGGGUAGAAUUGGGAAAGUAAUAGAAUUAAGAGUUAUACACAAUAGUUUUUGUCUCCAUGGGCAUAUUCAAGUGGGGGAAGAGGGAAUUAUCUAGGCAAUUUCAGUCCACCAGUCUGUGCUUGUGGAUUCACAAGGUCUAGGGACAUAAUUAUCCAUAUUAACUGUAACUGACUAAAUUAAUAAUAAAAUUCCUCCCCUCCUCAUUUGAUUUGAAGAUGUAGAAAUAACUGCAAGUUUAUGAGACAAGAUUAUGAUAACUUGGCUCCCAAUUGGCCAAUGACAAAGCAAUCAAUUAUUAGAUCUUUAGACCAUCUUCAAUAUUAAUGCUGAUCACCCAGAAAGACUGAAUCAUAUAAUAACUUAUAGUGAUUGAUAGGAUGGCGGAAAAUAAAUGAGUUAUCUGUGGGUCAUGAAUUUCAUACAUUAUCUCUCCAGAUAAAAGCUGAAUUGAACCACUAAUAAAGAGUAACAUUGACAAGGUCAUUCCCAAACUUUUUACCCUUACCUUCCAUCUUGAAAUCAAUACUGUGUAUUGGUUCCAAGGCAGAAGAGUGGUAAGGGCUAGGCAAUGGGGGUCAAGUGACUUGCCCAGAGUUACACAGCUAGGAAGUGUCUGAGGUCAGAUUUGAACCUGGGACCUCCCGUCUCUAGGCUUGGUUCUCAAUCCACUGAGCCACUGAGCCACCCAGCUGCCACCCAUUCCCAAACAUUAUUGCUGAGAGAACAGACUAUGGAUCUUAGAGUAGUAGCAAGUUGGCAAGUUAGGAGUUAUAUCUACUGAUAAAAUUCCAAGUCAGACCAAAAGAAUAUCCAAAUACUUGUUAUAUUAACACACGCACAAACACAUAAAUAUAUAUGUAAGCAUAUGAAUUCAUAAAUGUAUACAUUUACCUAUAUGUACAGAUACUUACACAAGCCAAAAUGAAAGUUUCUUCUGCUUCUUAUAGCAAUUUGGAUACAAAGAUUGACCUGUGUCCUCAGGAAUAUGAAACAAAGUCCACCUCAAUUUUGUUUUCAUAACUUCUUAAAUUAUAGAUCAUAUAUCUAAAACUGGAAAGGAUCUCAAAGGUCAUUUAGAUUGCAACUACCAAUCAUUUUACAAAUGAAGAAACUAAAGACCAGAGAGUGACUUCCCUGAGAUCACACAAGGAAUAAGCAUCAGCAAUGGCAUUCAAAUCCAGGUUCUCUGAUUUCCAAGCCAGUGAUAAUUAUUUCUAUUAUAUGUCACUGCCUUCUAUUUAUCUCUUUAAUACUUAUUAAAUUACUCUUUUAAAAGGCAGAUAUAUAAUAUUUCAUUGGUCUCAAAAAGUUCAAAGAUAAAACUUAGAAAUCAGAAAACCCAUCCAAUAACAAAUAUAAUUAAAUUACCCAAUAAUUGAUAACAUGCUUAAUAUUUUUUGAUUGGAUAUAUUUUAUUCUUGUAUUUACAUAGUAAAACUAAAAUAGGACUUUUCAAUCCACUUGGAAUAUUCAACUUUCAGAGGCAUUCCUCUACAACAGUGAAUCUUGGUAACUGUGAAUUUAAUAAUAAAAACAAUGCGACUUGAUCCUCCAGAUAAAUCACUGCUCCUUUGGGAAAAAAAAAGUAUAAAAAUGACUGUUAUUGUAAACCUAUAAAAAAUACAUUGCACCUGGAAAGUUCCACCUUAGCACAUUUAGAUUUUCAAGAGGCUACUCUGUUGGCACCCUUGGACAUGGAUCAUGUUAUGGACCAAAUCUCAUCCUUGAACAUCUCAGUUUUGCUAGACACAUUAUUCAUAUUUUGGUAGGACAGGCCAAAGGAUAUUAAUGUUUACAUUUGUUUCAAAAUGCAACAUAGCAUUUCUUCUAUCCCUUUGUUAUAUACAGAUUUCCCUUUUUAAAGUCAGAAUUUUUUGCAGAAGGUUGGCCUGAUUUACAGAAGGUUGAUCCUGAAUGUAAUGUAUGUAUACAUAUAUAUACACAUUACAUGUAUAUAAGUAUACAUAUAUACAUUAUAUAUUACAUAUAUGUGUAUAUAUAAUAUUCUUUGAUCUUAUAUAUGACAUUUAAUCAGAUGCUAUCAAAGACAGGAAUUUUCAUUUGUGUACUUUGUAAGAAACAAUAAAAUAAAAUAAAAUUUCUCUUAGAAAUGACGUUUUCCUUCCCUCUUGAGUAAACAGUAUUCUAAAAUAAAUGUUGGCCUAUACUAUUUGAAUUUGAUAUGGUACAGCCAUACUUUUUCUAGUGACAUGGGGGAUGAAAACCAUCCUGUGGGUUUACAUAUCUAUGGCCUACUGAGAGGGUAAAUCCUAUAUGCACUUCAAUUUACAGAAGCAUUUCAAGUACAGAUUUAUAGCACUUUGACCUACAGUCCAUGGGUUAAAGCUUUAUUUUAAAGCAAUUUUUUAUCCUAAAAGUUUUAAUUCUAUAUUUGGACUGCUUCCCCUUUGUCCCCUUCCUUCCUUCCUUCCUUCCUUCCUUCCUUCCUUCCUUCCUUCCUUCCUUCCUUCCUUCUUUCUUUCUUUCUUUUCUAACUUUCCCUUUCCUUAAAAAUACAUGAACAGAGCAACUUUGCCAAAGUGUUUUCAGUACUAAGGAGAUAGGAAGCCAGUAAAGAGAAAGGAAGAUAAUAUAAAAUGGUUUGUCUGUAUCCUAUAUUAUUAGCUGACAGGGUGUUCAUCAUUCAGUGAAUCCUUUUUUAAAAUAUUUAAUUCUUCUGUGAAAUAAUUUAAUUUUUAUCAAUAUGUAGUCAGUCCCCAAAUUCCAAAUGGGUGAUAUUCAAAGUCAGAUUUUACAACUCAGAAUAUGUAUUUACAGAGAAAAAAUUAUGUAAAUACUGACUAGGUUCCAAGGCUAGCCUAGAAAAUUCUGCUUAUUAAAAUAUAUUUGGUUAUCAAUUAGCUAUAUUAUUAGAUAAACUGGCUUUUAGAGACAAAUCUGAGAACUUAAUCAUCCUGCAUAACCUCAUACCUAUGAAAAAGUCAUUUCAUAGCACUGGUUAAAAGAAAACAACAAUAAUAGCACUACAAAACUCUUUACCACACUCCCAACUCCAUACUCCCUUCUACUUUAGCUCCUGAGAUACCUGGUCCCUCAGUGCAAGGUAAGAAGGUAGUAUGGUGGCUCAGGGAACACUUUUUUCCUCUCUGGUAGAAUGCACACCUGUCAUGGUCUGGACUAGACAUUCUUAUGUGGGGGCUAUUCAUUUUUUCGGGUAUACCUGCAUAUCCUGAAUGCCAUUAAGAGCACAAAGCACUUGGCUUUCCUAGAGGGUCAUACAACUCUGCCUUUAGCAAUGUUAAAAUCUAAAUUUUUGUGCAUGCUUUGAUUAUAAUAAAGGCUGAAGGUUUUGGAACAAUUUCACAUGUUGGCGUUGAAUUACAGUGAAAUUAUGGAUUAAUUUGGAAUUUGGUUUGUUUCACUUUAUGAAUAUGUAGCAUGUGCAAAAUAACUAAGCUAUUCAUUUCCUUUCAUCAUAUGAAGGUUAGCUUUUAAAUCGGGGCAACAAUGCUAUUCUCCUGUACAAUUCAGUGUCAAGACAUCAUCAUUAUAACAUCAUAAGCCCAAAUAAAUUUGGAUUUUGAUAGUUUUUUUAGGUUUAAUUAUUUAGUAUCUUACAUUUCGCCUAAUUGUCAAUUCCUUAUAUUAUUUAAACAUCAAUCACAAACACAACAAUCAAAGCAAUUUGUGCAACAUCUCCACACAUCACCAUAUAGAGGUGAAUUUUAUUCUCAUUAAAAGUCAAUCCAUUCUUUUAUUCCCACCUCUGUAGAAGAGGUAUGGAAGUUUUCUGGACUCUUUAAAUAUUCAGCUACAAUAUGAAUUAAUAUUCAUAGCUUUAAGAAGAGAGUAGUGGGCAAAUUUUCAUUUUUUCUCCAACUACUAUAAGCCACUGCUGUUGCUUAUGUACAUGAAAAUAAUAGAAAUCUAUUCAGUAAUACAAUAAUUUGUUAUCACUGGGUAACUUCUAAUGAUAGAUUUGCAUAAAUAAUACGGGUCUAUUUUUAUGUAAAUAGAACACUGUAGAGUAUCUUCCAGUCUUUUUCAGGAUUGUUAAAUUGAGAAGAGCAUAUUUGUCCUAUUUUUAUGUUAUAAAGUGAAUGGACUGAAAUGUUAAAUGUGAAUGUACAUUUCUUAUUGCAACUUUUAUACUGAGUGUUUGCACUAUUAUAAUUUCUGGACUCUGAUUUAACAAAAAUAAAGGAAAACCUGCUUGAGUAAAAAA